AUGCCUGAGACGCCGGGAUCAUUCCAUGACCAGUAUGAUGAUUUGGACCGGUGGAAUGCCGUCAACCCAAAUGAGCGAGUUGAGCUCUACAUUCCAGCGCCCCCGAUGGCCGACAAAGAACAGGCGUUUUCUUACCAUCUUGCAACGAGAAAUUUCUUUGCAUGGAUCUUCCGUCGCUCAGUGGUUGGCGAGCAUCUCGGCACCGCGCUCAUCGGCCUUCUCAACAGCAUGACAGAGUUCAGAGGCAACGAACAAGACAACGUGUCUGAUCUCACUGCGUACCUCGACGAAGAAGGGUACUUUGACAUCAAGGGCCUGCCGCAACAUGCACUCGCUAUGCUGCACUUGGCCGAAGUCUUCCAACUUAGAGAUUUGUACAUUGACGCAUUCAGUCACUGCGUUGGAAUGAGCGAGGAGCUUUUCUACAGCCCCGAGUAUCAGCACAUUGGUUCGGUCUCCAAAACGCUGAUUCGACGGGCGCGGACCGAGAUGAAUUCACGGCUCAGUCAGGCCGGUGGCAUGCUCAAGAACUUCCUAGAAGAAGAGCUCUCUGAGACACAUCUCGGUCUUCCAGCAGGAGGACGUGCUCACCUGGACCGAUUCCGAUCCUUUAUCCAAUUAUUCUACCGGACAAAGUUUGGCUACUAUCCACCGCUAUCCUUCGACACCCGGAGCAGCACCACAUUCGACCCCGAGAUUUUCAGCACCAUGUGCAAGGACUUCAAAGCCGUUUACGACUUGCUCGUAGAUGAGGAGUUCACCUCAAUAGAGAGCAGCCCGUUGCUGGCGCAAGGCGGGAUCUGCGCCGUGCAGAGCGUGCAGGAGUUCGAUGACCGGUGCAACUACAAGUCCCUGCGACAUCCGCUGCCGUUGCUUCCAGAGACGGCUAGCGACAAGGCCUCCCGGCGAAUGUCGCUGCAAUGGUUGGCGAACACCGCGCGAGGCGACAAACUGAAGCCUGAUCAGCGCCUGGUGGCUCACAGUGCCAUGAUCAAGGCGAUGAACAUGCGUGAUCCCGGGCUUCUCGACAACGACUUUGUCCGGGCUUACCGGAAGUUUGAAGAGGAUUCCGUCUCGCCACUCAUCCGCGUGGACAAGACCGAGAAAAUUAGUCUCGUGGACGCCCGCAAGGUGCGCUGGAUUCUGAUUUACACGGUCUACCAAGUCCUGCUCAACUGCACACAGCCUCCGCCAGAGGUUCGAGACACGGUUGAUGCGGAUUACCACCUCGCCGUGUCUGUUGAGAAACUGCCACCCUGGAAGGAGGGACGCCAACUGCAGACCCUCCUACGCAGGCAGACAGACAUUGCAACCCACACCCGGGGGUCGCAAUCGGUCACAGACUGGGCAACGGGUUGCCACGGUACACCGGCUGUGAUUGUAUCGCCGACAAUUGAAAUCAGACCAGACGUUGACUACUCCGCGAGAUCGCGCCGCGAAGAAGUAGCCUUCCGUCGACAGUCCACCUGCGGAGUCCCAGUCGCCGCCCCGGCCCGCUCACGAAGCCGGAGCCUGUCCCGCAACAACCCAUUCCGGCGAUCUCUCGGCAUCUUCCGCAAGCUGGAAGAGCAGUGCGCCCCGGCGUCUCGCAAGGUAUCCUACUGCGAGAUCGUGGUCCACGGCUACGGCAACGGCACCAACGCUGUCAAGAAGUGGGAGGGCCCUCCCGCCGAGGUCUCUCCUCGGACCCUGGUCGCUCCGCGCUCCUUCUCGACCUCGUCGGAGUCGAGCGGCGUCUCGGAGGCCCCCUCGAUGAGCGGCCACAGUUAUGCGACCGUCGAUUCCACGGCGCCGCCCACCUCGCCCGACGCACCAUGCAAGACCUGGCCCAACCAGGAGUCGCCCAUGCUGAGCCCUGUCCCGCUGCGCGGCCGCCGGCGUAUGAGGAACGUGCUCUCCUUUGUGGGGACGCCGCCCCGUGCCGGCUUUUCGGGGUUGGCCGCCAACAAUCGGCGCCACAGUGUGAUUGGCGGUGGCGCGGGCAGCUAUGCGCAUGACUAUGAGGAGCUGAUCAAGCAGCAGGAGGAGGACUUCCAUCGCCACGAGCUGGAACCUCUUCCCUUGCAGAUUCGCAAGUCUUCGGUGCCGAUUCAUGCGGAGCCCCUGGGCUUGGGGCAGAUGGACGUUCAGCCUGUGUGGGAGCAGUUCAAAGACCUCGGGGGGCUCACUAGCUGUUCGCCUUUGAAUAUCUAA